AUGGUGUUUGCUUGGCGAGGAGGCCCGGAAGCCCGGUGUCUGUUGCUCUCGCUUCUGUUCCUGGCAGCCUGGGAGGCUGGGAGCGACCAAGUUCACUACUCCGUCCCCGAGGAGGCGAAGCACGGCACCUUCGUGGGUCGCAUCGCGCAGGACCUGGGGCUGGAGCUGGCGGAGCUGGUGCCGCGCCUGUUCCGGGUGGCGUCCAAGGGCCGCGGGGACCUCCUGGAGGUAAAUCUGCAGAAUGGCAUUUUGUUUGUGAAUUCUCGGAUCGACCGCGAGGAGCUGUGCGGGCGGAGCCUGGAGUGCAGCAUCCACCUGGAGGUGGUGGUGGAGAGGCCGCUGCAGGUGUUCCACGUGGAGGUGGCGGUGAAGGACAUUAACGACAACCCUCCGGUGUUCCCGGUAAAGGAGCAAAAGCUGUAUCUUUCAGAAUCCAGGUUGCCAGAUUCUCGGUUUCCGCUAGAGGGUGCUUGGGAUGCAGAUAUCGGCGCUAACUCCAUUUUAACCUAUAGGCUUAGCUACAGUGAUUACUUCAUGCUGGAUGUGAAUUCAAAAAAUGAGGAGAAUAAGCAACUUGAGCUCGUGUUAAGGAAAUCUGUGGACCGAGAGGAAACUCCGAAACAUAACUUAUUACUGACGGCCACUGACGGAGGCAAACCUGAGCUCACUGGCAGCGUCCAGGUGCUGGUCACUGUGAUGGACGUGAAUGACAAUGCUCCCAGUUUCCAACAGUCUGAAUAUGAAGUAAGAAUAUUCGAAAACUCAGACAACGGAACAGUAGUUAUCAGACUGAAUGCUUCUGAUCCCGACGAAGGAACUAAUCGGGAGGUUUCUUACUCUUUUAAUAGCCUUGUUCCACCCAUGGUUAUUGACCAGUUUAGCAUCGAUUCAAAGAGUGGAGAAAUAAAAAUUCGAAAUAAUUUGGAUUUUGAAAAAGUGAGUUCCUAUAAAAUCCGCAUUGAUGCCACGGACAGAGGCCACCCACCGAUGGCGGGUCAUUGUACAGUUUUGGUAAAAGUCUUAGAUCUUAAUGAUAACGCCCCUCAGAUUUCCUUGACUUCAAUGUCCCUUCCAGUCCCAGAAGACGCUCCGCUGGGUACCCUGAUUGCCUUAAUCAGUGUGUCCGACUUGGACUCCGGUGUCAACGGGCAGAUAACCUGCACUCUGUCACCCCAUGUUCCCUUCAAGCUGGUGUCCACCUUCAAGAAUUACUAUUCGCUGGUGCUGGACAGCGCCCUGGACCGGGAGAAGGUGUCGGGCUAUGCUGUAGUGGUCACAGCGCGGGACGGGGGCUCGCCUUCGCUGUCGACCACAGCCAGCGUGUCCGUGGAGGUGGCCGACGUGAACGACAACGCGCCGCUGUUCCCGCAGCCCGAGCACACGGUGUUCGUGAAGGAGAACAACCCGCCCGGCUGCCACAUCUUCACGGUGUCCGCGCGGGACGUGGACGCGCAGGAGAACGCGCUGGUGUCCUACUCGCUGGUGGAGCGGCGGGUGGGCGAGCGCGCGCUGUCGAGCUACGUGUCGGUGCACGCGGAGAGCGGCAAGGUGUACGCGCUGCAGCCUCUGGACCACGAGGAGCUGGAGCUGCUGCAGUUCCAGGUGAGCGCGCGCGACGCGGGCGUGCCUCCUCUGGGCAGCAACGUGACGCUGCAGGUGUUCGUGCUGGACGAGAACGACAACGCGCCUGCGCUGCUGCCGCCUGGGGCGGGCGGCGGGGGCAGCGCGGUGAGCGAGCUGGUGUCGCGGUUGGUGGGCGCGGGCCACGUGGUGGCGAAGGUGCGCGCAGUGGACGCGGACUCGGGCUACAACGCGUGGCUGUCCUAUGAGCUGCUGCCGGCGGCGGGUGGUGCGCGCAGCCCGUUCCGCGUGGGGCUGUACACGGGCGAGAUCAGCACGACGCGCGCCCUGGACGAGGCGGACUCACCGCGCCAGCGCCUGCUGGUGCUGGUGAAGGACCAUGGCGAGCCGGCGCUGGAGGCUACCGCCACCGUGCUGCUGUCGCUGGUGGAGAGCGGCCAGGUGCCGAAGACCUCAUUGCGGGCAUCUUCUGGCGCUGCAGUCGUGGAGACAGCGCUGGUGGACGUGAACGUGUACCUGAUCAUCGCCAUCUGCGCGGUGUCCAGCCUGUUGGUGCUCACGCUGCUGUUGUACACGGCUCUGCGUUGUUUGGCGCCGCCCACCGAGGGUGUGUGCGGGCCGGGGAAGCCGGUGCUGGUGUGCUCCAGCGCGGUGGGCAGCUGGUCGUACUCGCAGCAGAGGCGGCAGAGGGUGUGCUCUGGGGAGGGGCCGCCCAAGACGGACCUCAUGGCCUUUAGCCCCAGUCUUCCUCCAGUUCCUCCUGGAUCUGUAGUUGCAAUGGGAGAUCCAGAAGCUUCUUUUGACUCCACUGGGAAGGUAGGUUGCUCUUAUAUUUUAUGUAUUAAUAUAUUUAUUAAUUUAGUCUAG